UUUCGAUCCGAAGCGCAGUCGUUGAGCUAGCCACUUCGCUCAGCUGCUGCCAAUCGCUGUAUUUUUGUUUCCAACGCGACAGCGACGGGCGGCAUUCCUGCUUGUUACGAUGGCAGCCAGGACAACGGCGCGAAUUCUCUGCGCUCUCUCGCAAACGGGGAGGCGAAAUCCGCACCGUCGACUAUACCGCACAUCGGCGAUCUGCGGGCAACAGCGGGGCAGCAGCUCCUCAGUCCCACCGCUGGAUGACACCAGCCGACCGCAGUACCUGGGUACCAAGUGCGACUGGACCGAGAGCAUCGAGUUCCGCACGCACGUUGUCUCCGAAGGGUUCCCAGUCUACCGUGUCCUCAACCGCGAUGGGAAGCCUAUUGUGCCCUCUGAGGAUCCUCAGCUGUCGGAGCAGGUGCUGCUCAAGAUGUACAAUGGCAUGACGCUGCUGAACAGCAUGGACCGAAUCCUGUACGAGUCACAAAGGCAAGGGCGCAUCUCUUUCUACAUGACCAACUUUGGCGAGGAGGGCACACACUUUGGCAGCGCUGCUGCACUGGACAACAAUGACCUCAUCUACGGACAGUACCGAGAAGCAGGAGUGCUGGUGUGGCGGGACUACCCACUGGCUCAAUUCAUGGGCCAGUGCUACGGCAACGAGCUGGACGACUGCAAGGGACGAGGCAUGCCCGUGCACUAUGGCAGCGACAAGCACAACUUCGUCACCAUCAGCUCACCGCUCGCCACACAGAUGCCCCAGGCUGUGGGCUCUGCAUACGCGUUCAAGCUCGCUCAAAAGAAGAACUGCGUCGUCUGCUACUUUGGCGAGGGUGCCGCCAGUGAAGGCGACGCCCAUGCUGCCCUCAAUUUUGCCGCCACUCUUGACUGUCCGGUCAUCUUCUUUUGCCGAAAUAAUGGCUACGCCAUUUCAACCCCAGCCCAUGAACAGUACAAAGGUGAUGGAAUCGUUGCAAGAGGUCCUGGCUAUGGCAUCGCAUCGAUACGUGUUGACGGCAACGAUGUCCUGGCUGUGUACAAUGUCACAAAAGCUGCUCGCCAAAUCGCAGUUGAGGAAUGCAAACCAGUGCUCAUAGAGGCCAUGACCUACAGAAUCGGUCAUCACAGCACAUCAGAUGACAGCUCAGCAUACCGGUCUGUGGACGAGGUUCGGUCCUGGGACCGGAACGACCACCCCAUCACCCGCUUCCGGAACUACCUCGUCCACCGUGGAAUCUGGGACGACGCCAAGGAGGAACAGUGGAAGAACGAGACCAAGAAGCAGAUCAUGCAGGCAUUUGCACGUGCUGAGAAACUGAAGAAGCCGCCAGUGAAGUACAUGUUCACGGACGUCUACAGACAAAUGCCCGAUUCACUGCAGGAGCAGUGGGAACUAAUGAGGCAGCAUCUGCAGCAGUAUAAGGAGCACUAUCCACUCAGCUCCUUCAAAGAGCUUCCCGACGGUGAAUAGGAAGCAAAGCCUUGCGCUACUCGACUGAAACAUGCUACGCUGUGCAAGACAAGUUUUUAAUGAAUUGUGACAUAUUGAAAUGUCGGGCGAAACUGUCACUGCUACAUCGUGAAGUGAAUUUGAUCGUGGCUCAGAAAGUUUCCCAAGAGCGCUGGAACGAACGGAGCCAAAUGGAACUGCACAGAGAUGCAGUUCUUACGCUGCUUUAUUUUAGCUCUUCGAGCAUUUCAGUCGCACUUAUUGUGACUGAGGUUCAAAAUGUGAGUGUUGUGAAGUGUCCAGAUCUGCGUGCGCAGAAAGGCAUCAUAAAAAUAAUCGGGCAACCUGUGUUUUUUAUGGUUCCAUUCAAAAGCACUGAAGAGAAAAUGUUUUCUGACAAAACAGUGCGAUUGUAUAUGCCGCGAACUUUUUCUUGUACAGGUGGUUUCUAUCACGGGGGAAAAUUGUGAAAAUGUCUCCUUUUGUGACAUUUACUUUUUAGCUUGUUCAUUUGCAGGUUGUCGUAGUUUGUUGGCCAUAGUGCAAAAAUUGGGUGAAAAGUUGCACAGGUGAUCAUCACCGUAUGAGCUUCGUUUCUGUAGCAACAGGGCGGUUAAUUAACCAACCACGGUUAAUGUUUUGCUAGUGCAAGCACCGUGUAUUCUUCAAUAAACAACAAUCAGCUACAAUUUUAAGUUGACAAUUUACCGAAUUCAGACCACAUGACAUUUGAAAAUAUUUAAUGCUGCCGUAUUUCUGAUGGAGACAAGAAAGUACGGGAUGAUGUGCUUAUGACUUUUACAAGCCUUGCUCAAUGUGUUCAAAGUGCGUUCAGGAAAUUGAAGAAUGGUACAUUGAAAGCCAAUUUUCAUCCUGCAGAAACGCUAAAGGAUAAGGUUUUCCUCUUUAGUGCCUGUGAGCCUUUGAUUUGGUCCUUUAUAGUAUUCUAUUUUUACCAAGUGAACAGAAGUAGUGUUUUAGCUAAAUUCCAGCUUGACAUCGACUCACUCGCAAAUGUUCACCAUGCCAUAACUUUUGUCCAAAUUGGUUUAUAACAUUCAUUCAUUCACAUUUUACUGCAUGCACUUUUCAUUCCAGAUUAUUGUUAUAUGUUCAUUUACUUUGUAACUCAGUUUAGGAAAACCUUGCUCUCGAAACGACACAUGAAAUUUUUGAUAUUUUAGAAGCUACGCAUUGUUUUUGAAAAGUAAUUUCAUAUUUGAAAUCAGCACACAAAUAUACAUAAACUCUGCAAGAUUGAUCGAAAUAGAUCAGUAAUAUUUGAAAAAAUUUUAAAAGCAAUGUUAAAACAACAGAUAUUUGUAUUACAGUGAGACACUUAAAUGUUUCUCUGUCUUGCCCCUUUUAAGCAACAUUUAUGUGAAUGCCACUGAGAUAUAACAAGCAUUCAGUGUUUAAAAACAAAGGUGCAUCAUUUUUACACAUUGUCUAGUUCUCUUCUUAAGUGUUUGUGCGAGAAAAUUGAACUUGUCCCGAUAUUUUUGCGCCAUGCAUGGACGAAGAACCUUGCUUGCUGAAUUGUGGCACCAAACUGUGAUUGUUCAUAAGAUGUCACUGAACAUUCGUAAUCGUAAUGGUGCUAAUUUCAAGAUUUUUCUUGAUAACAUACAAAAGUUCACACCAAAGAACUUUCGCACGUCGCAACAGUUGUAAAUUGCACUGUGCCAUCUGCAACUGUGAAAUGAUGGGCGCACAACAACAAUAUUUUAUGUCAUGAUUUCAAAGCCAUCGAUCUUGCGUGCUCUCUAAAGAGAGAAAUGACAAUUAUGUCAUCAAUGCAAAAAUGUUGCCACUCUGAUCUAAGUAAACUGUGAGUUGAAAGCAUUGUGAGUUGAACGACUCGCAUUGCAGAAAGAACUGGCAGGUGUUUUAUCUGUUACAGCAAAAGCCUUUCUUGACAUUAAUAGCAUUCAAAACUGCAUUCUCUUAUCUCUAAGGAUCACUAAUGACUGGAUUUCUCAUGUGAGCUUUUGUUACUUUCUCUUCCUGGAGUUCAAGUGUCUCCAUAGUUCUCUUUGAAGAAAUAUCAACAGCAACUGUUUGUAACCACUGAUAAGCUGCGUUUUUGAGUUCUGUAAAUGCCUGCGGAUAAACACGAUCUUUACUCGGGGUUUCGGAGGCUUAAAUGACUCGAGAAUGGCAUUAAAAUCUUCCUCUCAGGAUUUGUAAAGAUCUUGUGGUGCAAAAUGUGACAGUUUUGUACAAACGUUAAGUUUAGCUUAUGAUAUUGCAUUCAUUCGCUUCGUAAAAAAUAAUUUGAACUCUUGUCACAACGCUGCAUAAUUGAUGCAGAAAGCUUUUUGUGAAUCAUCACACACACUUUGUGUGGUUUUAUUCUGUGAAAUGUGUGUCACUUCUCUAAGCUGGUUCAAAUUUAAAAGAUCGCAAGCUUAGUGAAGAAAAAUUUUGGAAAGCUCACUUUUGAAAUGUAAAAACUUUUAUGCGAGCCACUCUCGGCUGUGUUUCUUUUAAAUUUGUUUAUUAUUUUUUUCUUAGUGCAUCUUGUUUACUGGACAUGCACUCAGCAAUGGGGAUUGUUUAUUGCACCCUUGUAAUCCAAUUUAUGGGCAUGUUGUAUAGUAGUAGCAUCUGUGACCUCAUACCUCUUCCCCUUGUUCCUUUCUUCUGCACUGUUCUGUGAUAUGUUUUGUUUGUUUUUUUCUUAUCUAAUUGCUGUCACGCUUCGACAUGUGGCAAUGAUAUUGUGAUGGAUCUUGUGUGGCUGAUGGUUAACCUCGUUCAGUUGAAUGUAAAGAUAUAUUGAAUGAACUUAUGAUUGAUGGUGCUGUUUAAGUGCUAUCAUGUUCACUGUGUAAAUACUACACUCGAAAUCAGAUGUGCCAAAAAAAAAAUAUGAGGUGCGAUGUGUUUGGCAUCCUAGUUGUGCGCAUACACAGCGACUUUGUAGAGGCUUAUAAGAUAAACACCAUUUUGCAGUGGUGCUCAUCAGCGUAUUGAGAGUAGUGUCUGGAACUACUAGAGAGUGGUCACUAGAACAGCAAAUUUAUUUAUCUAACUAGCAGUAGGGAGUUUUAGUACAGCGUACAUUGCAUACUCAAGAAUGCCAUGCAUUGCAUAAAGCACAUGAACAGAAAUUCUGCACACAUGUUCUAUGCAAAAGUGCCAUCCUCAUGUAUGCAACGCCACUACAGACACAUACGCUCUACCAAAGCUUCCUAAUGUUUUUAUGUAUUGCUUUAUGCACCCUUGAAAUCUAUUUCAGUUUCGAUGAUUUCAUCUUGAACUCUUCAGGUAAUGCUCCCUGAACCAGCCAAGCCAUUUAAAACAGCUUUUAAAUAGUAAACCCCUCCACAGCAUAGUUUUCUAACAAAUAAAUUCAAAUGAUUGAAGUAGAAGUGGUGGAGGAUAAUUGUUCGCAAAUUGCAAGAGAAAAAGCAAAAGUGUAAUGCUAAGAACUUCUUGCUUUUUCUCUGUGAUCGCAGUUUAGGUUGUGGUUGUCAGCCUAAACUGCGAGCUGCACCCUACAAGGUGUAUUGCAGCUUUUAAGAGCACUGUAACUCUUAGCAUGCAGUUAGAGUUUCCUGUGCUCUAUCUACCUGAGGACAAAAGACUUGUGCAUUGUUCCAUCCCAUGUAAAUACUGUGCUGAAUACUAUGAUGUAUGUGCAGUUGGGUGGCUACGAUGAAAUUGGAAAUAUCGCAAGUUGUGUGUGCCACUUUAAUCUUGCGUGCUAUUGCGUAAACUUUCAAUAUGUGCAUAUGUUUUCGGCAAACAAUCGGCUUCCGGGUUGAUUUCAGUACAACCGAAAGUUCUGCAAUACCAUGAUAGCUGCCGAACAUUCUAAUUUCCUUAUCGUAUGCAUGUGUAUACUGAAAGCACAUUGGUCAAAGACUCAUAUUAAGGAUUACGCAGAGUGGCCUGUGUGUUUACCUCGACGAAGUGCAAGUUCAGGAAUGGUCUUUUAUAGCAGUGUUUCAGUGUGAGCUUUGCACUGCCGUCUAGACAGUAGUCUAUGUAGAUGGUCUUUAUGCAUUCCACAGUGGCAAUGUUUGAAAACGUGUUGGUGUGCCAUGAGCAAAAUUUUCAGCGCGAACUGCAAGUGAACAACAUGAGAGCUGAUGGCAGUUUUCCAAACUCUUUUAUUCUUUUCUUGUGAGUGUUUGUGCACAAAUUCUGUGUUAUUGUCUUCCAUAAUGUGUUGUCGCACUGUUCAUCGUUUCUCACGGUUCCAGUCAAUACUCAUUGUUCAUAUAUAAGUUGUUUUCAACAUGGACAGAAUGCUUUUUGUUGCAGUAAAGAUUUCUUUUACCGA